GAGUGAGGUUUGAAGAAGGGUACGUAAGUAACGUAAGUAAUCAUCGGCUAUGUGCUGACCUGUAGGCAUGAGUGGGUUAACUUCAGCCAGCCUUUCAUAUUAUAGUGUAUCUUUCGACAAUGAUUUCCAUUUGGCAAGUAACUAAGGGAAAUAAAUAUGUCUGCCUCUGACUUCAGUGGGAAUAGGAGACAGCUCAGGUUGGUUAUAUGACAUGUAGGGCUCACAAGUUUGGCGCUUAGUUUUGGACCCGCGAAUUGAGACCCCAACCGAAAUGAAUGGAUACGCUGUCCAUCGCUCUCCUGGUCUGUAUAAUACCUUCAUGUUUAUUGCAUUCAAAACCAUAAUUAGCAGCCCCCACCUGCACUGUCAGAUAAAAGGUUAUAAAACAUGACAAACAUUUGUUACAAUUUUGAUACAAAAACUUGGACAUGUCAUGUAGGAUCUUUCAAAAGUUCUUGGAAUAAUGGCCUAUUGAAGACCGGUUUAUUUUUAGGUUACAUUUGUAUUAAGUAAAUAUAAAGGCCCACAUCCAUACUUCGAAGUGUCUCAAAGGUUUCUCUGAGAGAGGAAAAGAAACAUGCACACACAGUCAAGGCGUAUGGGUGGCGCUCUAAACCUGGUCCACUUCGUGUUGCUCAGACGACACCAACUGAGUGAGAGUGCGGGCAAAAUAAAUUGAUGCUUGUCAUGGAAAAUUAAUAUGACUAUUUCACUUUUGUGCGACUUUCAAUUUGUGCGCGAAUUAGCAAUUUCGCCUCAAACUGAGUGCGGGCGCUGGCUUUUGUGGAUAAUAAGCCGUGGUUCGGACUUCGAAAUCCUGCGGAAUUAACAAUAGAUUAUUUGUAGAGGUGUCCUGUGGUGACGAGCUUACUGUUCCCUGACUACAUCAUGAAAGACUCGGACUCACUGACCAUUCUCCACUACCCCAGCACUGGAAAGGCCAGCUCCCAGUUCCCCCCCUUAGCUCUUCACAGUGGCCCAGCCAUGGGGAAGCCUCAGCCCUUCUGCGUGCAGUCUGGCCCACACCUACUCGCUAGCAUGCAGCUCCAGAAACUCAACAGCCAUUAUCAGAGUCUUGCGGGUGCUACGGGAUCAGCCAACAUAUUAUCUUCAAGGGGCUAUGGGAUGCGCCAAUUGGGUGCCACACAGACCUCAGCCCCCGGACUGAACCAGGGUCCUGGGAUUAUUGACUCUGACCCUGUGGAUGAGGAAGUGCUAAUGUCAUUGGUGCUGGAGCUGGGCUUAGACCAGGCUAAGGAAUUACCAGAGCUUUGGCUGGGCCAGAAUGAGUUUGAUUUUAUCUCAGAUAUACCUGCUGGAUGCUGACCCUGGCAGCACAGAUACAAUUCUUCCUUCAUCUACCCUCUCUCUACUCAGCAGAAUUGGAGGCAAUAUUGGACCCAUUUUUUUCAAGGCUUUCUCCGUAUGAUGGAUACUGUGUGCACUUGUCUGAAGGUGCUGUCAGGAAGUCAACAUGGGCACAGAUGUUGCACAGCUCGAAGCUUUAAGAGAUAAGGGCAUAAGUCAGUCUCAUGCUUGCCUAUAGUCCAGUUGCAAGAUCUGAGAUGUAUCUACUGCUGUUUUUCAAGCUCUCUAGUUAUUUAAAUGUAUUUACCUUGCUAAAUGUGUUUCCUUUACUGUCGUCAUCUAUUUGCAUAACUGCAAAUAUGAACUAGCUCAAACAUACAAUGAAAGUAAACUGGGUGACUUUUACAUUAGAGAGGUUUAUUUACAACUUAUAACCAUUUAUUGGAAAUGAGAUAGCAACCAGAAAGACAAAAGCUAACCAUUCCAGUCCUCUGUGGUACAAUGGCAGGAGGUUGGAGGCAAAAGGAUCCAGGGCAAUGACAAUUUAAA